AUGGCUACUAUACCUGUUAUCGUGAAGCACCAAGGCAAACGGUUUGAAGUCGAGCUUGAUCCGACCGCAAAUGGCGAGACUUUCAAGUUCCAGCUCUACUCCCUCACAGGAGUUGAGCCGGAACGCCAAAAGAUACUCAUUAAGGGCGGACAACUUAAAGAUGAGACGGAUCUCGGAUCUCUUGGAGUAAAACCUGGUCAGACGUUUAUGAUGAUGGGCACGCCAGGCUCAGGCGACCCCGGCAUGGUUCUUAGAAAACCGAAAGAAACACCUAAAUUCAUGGAGGAUAUGACGGAAGCUGAAGCCGCUAGAGCUGAGGGUGCUACACCAGCUGGUUUACAAAACCUUGGGAAUACAUGUUAUUUGAACUCGACGCUCCAAACACUGCGAGCCCUCCCCGAACUCCAAGAGGAGCUUCAAAACUACAAACCUUUGAGACAGCCACAAUCGAGCCUGUUUACUCCGAGCACCGCAAUUGAUCUAACGGCGUCACUUCGAGAUCUAUAUAAGCAGAUGUCCGAAACCCAAGAGGGUUUCCCUCCGAUGAUGUUUUUGAACGCGUUGAGGUCCGCCUUUCCUCAGUUUGCGCAGAAAGCAAGGGAUGGAAGAGGUUAUGCUCAACAAGACGCGGAGGAAGCCUGGUCCCAGAUUGUUUCACAACUUCGCCAAAAGUUGGUUAUCAAGGACAAAGAUUCCAAUGCAGGAGAUGCAGAUAAAGACGUAUCGUUUGUUGAUCAGUAUCUUUCUGGAAGGUUCGACACGGUGCUUGAAUGCAGCGAGCAGGCUGCAAAAGACGCGGGAGAGAUGCCAAUAGAGUCUUCUGAUAUUUUCUUCAAACUAAACUGCCAUAUUGGCAAGGACACGAACCACCUUCGCGAUGGUAUCAUGGCAAGUCUAGAGGAGGAUAUUGAAAAGCACUCAGACGCGCUCGACCGAAACGCUGUCUACACGAAGAAAUCUCGUAUUUCUAGAUUGCCAAAAUAUUUGACGGUGCAUUUCGUCCGCUUCUACUGGAAACGGGAAACUCAGAAGAAAGCAAAGAUCAUGCGCAAGGUUACUUUUCCUGCUGAGCUGGACGUUGUUGAGUUUUGCACGGAAGAGCUGAAACGGCACCUUAUACCUGUUAGAGAUAAAGUACGUGAGAUUCGGAAAGACGAACAGGACAUGGAAAGAGCUCGCAAGCGCCAAAAGAGAGCUCAUCAGGAAGAAGAGCAGGCAGCGGCCACAUUUGCGUCUGAGCCGUUGCAGAAAAAGAAAGAAGCAGAAUCGAAGGCAACAGAACCAAAAUCCAAGGACGACAAUGGCCCACCCGAAGUAUUCAAGACCGAUGCCGAGUAUGAAGCAGAAAAAGCAGAGUCCCUUCUAGCAGCAAAACGGGAACUUUUUGGUCUAAUCGAUCCAUCUCUGGCUAAUGAUGAAGGCGCAAACAAGUCAGGACUUUACGAUUUGCGAGGUGUAAUCACCCACCAGGGUGCUAGUGCGGAUAGUGGUCAUUAUACCGCAUAUGUCAAGAAACAGGGGAGGCUCGUGGAUGACCCCAAGGCACCUGGGGGAAAGAGACGAGAAGAAGACGGUAAAUGGUGGUGGUUCAACGAUGACAAAGUGUCUGAGGUUGGAGAAGAGAAGAUUGAAACUCUCGCUGGUGGGGGUGAAUCGCAUUCUGCGCUUAUCCUUCUUUACCGCGCGAUUGACUUGCCCACUGCUGAAGAAGUCAAAUAA